CUUUAAUGAAACUCACCUCUGUUACAAUCAGACCACUUAAAGACAACAUUACAUAACUGAAUGUUUCACCAGAGAUUGUGUGUGUUGAAGUCUCUUCUCUGUGCUGACAAACCUAAAUAUGUAGGUUAAAUAUGUUUCUAGGGUCAGGUUGAUGUGUGAAGUGUAAAACGUUUCUCAGAGUGUUUUUCUCUGCAGCAGGAAUCAGUGAUGGAAUCGUUCUGCAUCACAGAGCUGGAGAUGACGUCAUUUUACCGUCUAACGUUGAUUCUUCAUAUUACCCAUGUUCUGAUGUUGACUGGAUUUAUUACAACAUUCAAGAUGCAGACGAACACAUCAUGGUUAAAAAUGGAAAUAUUAAGAAGACGUCACGUGGAGCUGACAGGAUGAGUUUGAGCAGUUACUGCUCUCUGAUCAUCAACAGCGUCACUGCUGAAGAUGCUGGUCGUUACACCUGUAGGAUUAGUAAUGCUGUUGGUUCCUCCCACACAUCUGUGUAUCUGAGUGUUUUAACAGAUUCCAGUCUGAUCAAUACCAGAUUGAUUAUUGGAUGGGUGGACAAGGGGCUGAUGGUGGUUCUGGUCAUCAUCGCUAAGUUUCUCAUCAUUUACAGGAUGAAAGUUAAAAGGAACAAUCCCAAACAUCAAACAGAUGUUCAGUUACCAAUGCAGCAGUUUGUGAACAGGGAUGAAGAUGAAGAUGAUGAUGAUGUGGUGAACUAUGAAAAUGUUGAAGACCUGCCUGCUUCUGUCCGAUCCACGGAUCAAUAAAUCAGCUGUGUGUGAUGGAAACGUUAGCGUUAGCCUGGCUACAGAGCAGCAGACGGAUGUUUUGUCUUUGAAAGCUCAACUCUGUUUAUGACAAUCCUAGUGUUUAGUCUUCAUCAUUUUGUGAUCUUCAAAAAUACUAUGCAGCUUUUCCUCAGCAUCACUCCUGCAUCGAGGAGCCUGAUGGAUGUUUGACCCACUUGCUAAUGAUGUAUUAAAUCUCCU